ACAUGUAGGUGAUGUUUAUUUCUUGAUUUAGUUUAUUUUGACCCUCUAUGUUUUGACCUCAAAUUGCCAUUUGCCUCAAGGCUCAAAAUAAAAUAAUCUAAAGCAAUCUAAAGUAAAGCAUCAGCAUGAAAAUAAUAACGUAGGAAUUAGGAUAUUAGAUACAAAAAAUAAAAUAAUAACAUGUAUUAUGUCGACGUAAUACUUAUGUACUUAAAAAAAUAUAUUAUUAAGGCAUAAUAAACACAAUAGAGAUGUUAUGAUGGACUUGCAAUAUUUAUGAUGAUCCAACUGAAUAAGUCAAUAUAAUACCUAUAGAACAUGUUUCCAAACAAGAUUAAAUUGGUAACUUUUGAUGCUACAAACACAUUAUUAAAAUUUUGCACAUCGCCUUGGGAUUACUAUUCGAAAGUAGCCAGUGAACAGGGUUAUAAAGUAACCGAAGAUGUAUUAAAGGAUCAGUUCUUCAAAAGCUAUAGAGUCUUGUCAGAGGAUUAUCCUAAUUUUGGGCGGGGAACAAUACACUGGGAUAAUUGGUGGCGAAAGAUAGUACAUGCUACAUUUAAUGACCAAAUAAAAGAUACAGCUGCCAUAAAUAGAAUAGCAACCACACUUAUCGAAGAUUACAAGACUCCAAGAUGUUGGUGCCAUGCAAAUGGAUCAUUGAAGCUUUUAAAAUACCUAAAAGAGAAUGGUGUGACCUUGGGUGUUAUUUCUAAUUUUGAUCCCCGCCUUCAUGAAAUAUUGAGCAAAAUGUCUCUGCAUUCCUAUUUCAAGUUUGUUUUAACGUCAUAUGAAGUUGGUUAUAGUAAACCAGACAGAAGGAUUUUCGAUUCAGCCUUAAAACUUAGCUCUGAACCAGUAUUGCCAAAUGAAUGUUUGCAUAUUGGGGAUAAUUUCAAAAAGGAUUAUGAAGGAGCCAAAGGGGCAGGCUGGCAUGGAAUUCUUGUAACAGAUAAUAAAAGUUCUUUAGACCAAUUAAAUCCAAAGCAUCAUUGUCACAACCUGACUGAAUUGAAUGAGAGAUUUCAGUCGGAAAACAUAUUUAUUUAAGUAUAGUUUGAAAUGUGGAUGCUAGAACGGCAUACAAACAAACUAAUAAUGAUUGUUUGAGAUUUCUAUAUAGGUAGUUAAACUUCUUAGUGCUAGACGUAGACAAAUUAUUCCUAUAUUUGAUUUACCUACUUUACCAUAAUGUUAAGUUUUUUAGUUAGUAAGUUAUAUAAUGUGCUCAUAAUCUUUAUCAAAAUCUAUUAUUAAAAUGUAAUAUAUAUCUUUGAAUCAUAUCAUAAUCAUAUUUUAUUGUUUCUAUGUUUAAUAAAAUAAUAAACUACUUUAAA